UAGAUUGACACGCGAGCCACCGUACGAGUUUGAGCGAACGCGUCCCACUCAAAAUAACAGCGUGUGAAGUUGAAUAGUUUCUUGUUUAAAAUCUGUUACUUUUGGCUAGAAAUUCUGCAGUUAAAAUGUCUGUUCAUCCUUCAAACGCCAGCAACCCGAUCGUUUUCUUCGACAUCACAAUCGGAGGUCAGGAUGUGGGCCGGAUGAAGAUUGAGCUGUUUGCAGACGUGGUCCCAAAGACGGCAGAAAAUUUCAGGCAAUUCUGCACCGGCGAGUUCAGGAAAGACGGCGUGCCCAUUGGAUAUAAAGGAUGCACUUUUCACAGAGUCAUCAAAGAUUUCAUGAUACAAGGGGGAGAUUUUGUAAAUGGAGACGGGAGAGGCACUUGCAGUAUCUACAGAGGUGCUUUUGCUGAUGAAAACUUCAAACUGAAGCACUCUGCACCCGGGCUGCUCUCCAUGGCCAACAGUGGUCCUGGAACAAACGGCUGCCAGUUUUUUAUCACCUGCACCAAAUGUGACUGGCUAGACGGGAAGCAUGUUGUAUUUGGAAAAGUGGUUGAUGGACUCCUAAUAAUGAGGAAAAUUGAGAAUGUUCCUACUGGACCAAACAACAAGCCCAAGCUCCCCAUAGUCAUCGCUCAGUGUGGAGAGAUGUGAGCACAGACCAAACCACUGUAAUCACUUUCACCUGUUAUUCUCAGAAGAUUCUUAUGGUUUUAUGGCUCCUUUACCUCACCCGUUAUAAAGUUAAACAUUUAUAUGAACUCUCAUUGUAAUUUUGGUGGACUGAACCUUGAAUUCUUUUCCAAUGUCGAUCAAGAAAAACCCUGAGCAUUUUCACACUUCCGGAUUGUGACAUUAAACCUAAAUGCAUAGUUAUUAUGUUGAG